UUAGUUUUGAAUCUACUCCAAGACGAUACAGAAGUGAAAGACAUUUGGUAGACGAAAAAAAAUACUAAUUUCGACUUGUUUUCUAGCCAAAUUCGUGGGUGAGACUGAAAAGUGAGACGAACUGCUUGAAGUCGGUGCCAAUUUAAAAAUUUGAAAUUAUUCAAAUAUGUGCCGGCACGGCAGAAAUUUUUUCAUCUGCAAUAUUCUUGCCCUUCUGUUGGCUGCCCCUUGUUUGUCAAAACCAAUCAAACAAUCUAACAGUGAAGUGGAAACAUCCCUGGAAAAAUUUCUCAACGUUUACUACAACUCUUUUGAGAAUAAACAGAAAACUUCGAAAGUACCUGAGGAAGGUAGCUAUUAUGACGUCAUGCAGGGAGAUCAACCACCGGUGGAGAACACCAUCAGCCAAAUGGGGCCGCUUUCCAACAACAACUUUUCUAACGAUACGAUGUCUGAAGCUGAAUAUUAUGCAGCUUUGAGAAACAGAGAGCGUCAAAUUGAGCGAGAAGAAAGAUCUAGAGAAAAUAGGUUAAGAGUAGUGAAAGAAACUAUUUUGCAAUAUCUAGGAAGGAACAUGUCUUUAGCACCAAUUCCUGCAAAUAUUUCCAUAGCUCCGUUCAACGUUUCCGAAAUUGUGCCUACAUUUUUUGACGCAUCAGUAAUAUCCAGUGAUGAUCAAGUUAGUGAGAAAAUAAGAAGUUUUUAUCCUUCGUGUGAUGUUCCUCCUAACGCAGACCAAGAACUAUGGCGAGACGAUGACGUCAUGAAUUUGUUUUUUACUUUCGACCAUGUUCCAGAUAAUCGAAAUACGAAUAUUGCCACUGCCAUUUUGAGAUUAUAUAGGAUACCUGUCAACAAUUCUAAUGCAAAUUCAAGAUUGGAUAAUUGUGAUACUCCAGCUGAUGAUGAAAAGUUGCUCAGAGUUUCUGUAUAUCGAUAUACAAAACCUUUGAAGAGGAGAAGAGUAAAACGACUCUUAUCUGAUAGCAAAGUCAUUCCUGUGAGUGCCAAAUGGGUAGAGCUGAACGUAAAACCAGCUACCAGUGCUUGGACCAAAGGAAAAAACGCUGGUUUAGGAAUUUUGGUAGAAGAUCAAGAAGGAAAUAGGCUGCGAGCAGACAAAUUCUUCAAAGGAGCAACAUGCACGGUUGGAGUGUCAACUCCAAAACCCAUCCCAACAGUCAUUAUUGACGCUGCAAGGAAAUCAAAUGAACUGGAUAGAAUAUUUGGAAGAAACUCAACGACAGCCGUACAUAGUGAUAUAUAUCUGUUACCCACAAUAGACAUUUGCAUUAUGGAAUUUCCCGAAAAUUAUACCCAGUUGGAUCCUUUCAUGAACUGGCAAGGCAGCGCUUGUAAUUUAAAGAAGAUAUACGAACGCAACCAGAAGAUUGCAGAAAAAGAGAGAUUCGAACGACAUUCCUCAUUGGAGGGUUUUACAAUUCCUUCUCUAAGACACAUCAGACACCAAAGGCAACAUCGUAUCAAUAAAAUGAACGAGGAAGGGUUAAAUAGAGAAUUUGAUCCUAGAUCUCGUAUUGUGGGCUCGAAAUUGAUAUUCAGGAAUGACGAAGUACAAAAUAUAACCAACAGUAAUUUCAAUUUUUCAGUGAUCAAUCGAUAAUUCAUAUGGUAUCUAAAAAUUGUAAAUAUAAAAAAAACAUAAAAGACUGUUCCA